AUGAAAGAACAGUGCCUUUUAGUACCUGGAGAAUUUGGUAUAAUUGUUCAGAUUUUUAUUGGAUGUGUAUCACUAAGUGUAUUACUUACGAAAUAUAUUUUAGAAAACCCUAGAAGAUCAUUUAUUACAUUUUUAAAAGAUUUAAUUAGUAUUUUAUGUGGAUCCGUAAUACUUCAUUCUGUAAAUAUUUUUAUAUCCAUACUCAUUUUUAGGUGCAAUAUUUUAUUAUAUUUAUGUAAUAUUGAUAUGGAUGAAUGUUCUAUAUAUUUUAUUCAGAUUAUUAUAGAUGCAACUUUUGGAUUAUAUUUAGAAUAUAAAAUAUUUCCUAUUUAUAAAUUUAUAAAAAUUAGAAGAGAAUAUUUAUACAAUAAUUCCAAUGGAUCUAUUUACAAACCUAUUGAUGCAUUGUCUCAUUAUUCUUCGUUUCUAAAUUUGACUGAAAAAAACAAUAAAAAAGGAUUUGAUGAUAAAUAUAACAUUAAUAGUAAAAAUAACCUAAAUAUUUUUAAAUUAAUUUUUUUCAAUUUUAAAAAAUAUUUAGGAAAAAAAAAGUAUAAUUUUUUCAGCAAAAAUAAAACAAAAAAUUUAGAAGAUCAUAAUGGAACUGCGAAUAUUUUUGAAGAGAAAAUAUUUAAACAAGACAUUAUUUUUAAUGGUGAUCAUAUUUUUUAUAAUUUUACUACUAAUGAAAAAAUAGAUAAUAAAAAACAAACAAAUGAGAAAAGCUUAAGAAUAUAUAAUGAUGAUGAUGAUGAUGAUAAAAAUGAAUUAACAUUGUUAAAUGAUAAAACAAAAAAUAAAGAAUUUAGUAUUCAAUUAAAUGAAAAUAUUCUAUUUGAUUAUGAUGAUAUUAUUAUAUAUGAAAAUAAAAAUUUAGAUAUAUACAAAGAAAUUGAUGAAAAUUAUUCUAACUUGAGUAUAUUUCAUGGUACUAUAUUGUGGAUUUCAGUUGUAUUAACUGCAAAGUGUGUUACAUUGUUAUCUUUUUUUCUUCUUUCACCUAUUUUUAAUAUAUUUGUUUUGUAUACAUUAUCACUUAUUAAUGAUAUGAAAUUCAAGCUUUUAAUUGUAAUGGUUAUACUACCUUUUUUUUUAAAUUUCAUCAUAUAUUUCUUUACGGACAGUAUAAUUAAAACAAAGAAUACAUACAUAAAUAUAAAUUAUGAUAAGAUUUAA